CAACGACGAUGGCCUCUUGUACAAUUUUUGAUGUGGACAACAAAGAAAAUGGCGGAGGUUUUUGCAAAUUACUAGCCGAUAAAAUUGAUGUGACAGUAACUUAAAAUGGACUUUCAAAAAUUUUCAGAUGAAAAUUUUGAUGUAAAAGAUUGGCUUAACAGUGCUUUGAGAGCACACAAGGAUGCUGGCCAAAAUGUGGAUGUGCAUGCAUCAAACCUUGUUAUGAAGCUGCAGCUUUUCAUCCAGGAAGUGAACAAGUCUUUAGAGGAGACAAGUCAAAUUGCUGUUAACAACCUUCCCAGGGUGCUCAGAGAAGUUGAAGGGAUUAAAAUUGAGGCAGGAAAUUUGAAAGAGCAGAUGCAGAUGGUUAAGGAUGAUAUUAGAAGGAUUGAAGAAAACACAUCGCAAUCAAUGAAAGCCCUAGUCGACAUUGACAACAUAAAGGAUCGCUUACAGGCUGCGUCCAGUGCUUUACAAGAAGCAGAUAAUUGGACUACUCUAUCAACCAAUGUCGAAGAGAUAUUUUCUUCUGGAGAUGUUGACGAGAUUUCAAGCAAAUUAAUCGGGAUGCAAAAAAGUCUGAAUGUACUGCAAGAUGUUCCUGAUUUUGCUGAGAGGAAACGUUUUCUUGAAUCGUUGAAAAACAGACUAGAGGCACUUUUGAGCACAAAAUUGGUCGCUUCAUUUAACGGACAUUCAAUCGAAGAAGCUAGAAAGUUUGUUUAUAUUUUUACUGAAAUUGGAAGAUUAGAACAGAUACAGACUUACUACAAUAGCUGCCACAAGGGAAAUCUGCUCAGUAUUUUAAAAGAACUUUUGGAAGACCCAACCAACGAUGUAACAAUCUGGCUACCAAAAUUUUUUGACAUUUUACUGUCCUUUUGGCACAAGGAGAUUGUUUGGUGUGGUCAAGUUUUCCAGGACCCAGUUUCAGUUCUGUCGUCUCUGCUUGUGCAAAUCUUAGCCAAUGCAGAAUCGUCUAUAUCAUCAGCAAUUACAAAGUUUUCUCCAGAUGAAGAUGUUCCAUUAAGUUUACUCAUUCAAAUAAAAAUGAUAUGCGAAAGACUGAUAAAAGGGUUGGAAGCAUCCAUGAAGCCAGAACAAGGAUUGAAUCCAUCUAGUCAAGCAGUCUUUGAAUUAAUGACGAAGAUCCAAGAACCUUAUUCAAAGAAUCUUAUUCGAUAUUCAGAAAUACAGCAAUCAGAGCUUAUGAUUGGAAUCGAAAAGAUGAAUCUUGGCCUUUCUGAUUUCACAGAAACAGUAGCAAAUAUGUUGGAAUCUGUUGGGCAAGCCAUCAUGUUAGCUGAGGAAGCAAAAUCCUGUUGCUGGAAGUUUACCGAUGGAUUUGGUGUCCUAGGAUUGAUAGAAGCUUUAGAGAAUUUCUUUUCGGCAUACCUUGGUAAACUGGAUGGCCUUAUCAGCAGUCUUAAGAAAACGAGUGGCACGAUCGGAGUAACAAUAGAUGAUAAAAGUUUCGAAGAUGAAGACCAGUGGAGUAUCUUUCAGAAUUCGUUCAGAGUCAUUGAAAUGUGUGGCAAUUUAUUGAUAAAAGUCGAAGAAUUUAGGCAGUCGCUGUUACGGGAAGUCAAAGAAAAGUUAAAGCAAAACUUUGAUGAAGAAAGUGGAAAAUUAAUGAACAUUUUUCAUUAUGUAAAACGCUCCACACCCUCUCAAUUCGAGGAUUUGAAAGAGUUUUAUGAAAGAGUCAAUACAUAUGAAUUAAAUGCAAUUCUUGCGCAAACUCAAGAGCAGGUUAUGAGACUCAACGAACACGCACACAAAUUGGCGUUUGAUGUUGUAUUCGCCAACCUGAAACGAAAACUCGACGAAAUUCCUAAGCUUAAGAUCUGGUCAACAAACCUUGAAGAGGGGGAAGUUCUUGCUGAAGAUUUGCCAACUUUCAGUUUAUCACCUCAAAGUUGCAUUACCGAUGUUGGUGACUAUCUAUUGACGCUCCCGCAACAACUUGAGCCAUUUUUUACGCAAGAUAAUACAUUCUUGUCAACAGCAUUAAAAGCAGGACAGAUACCAUACACUGAUCAACAAGAUUCGGGUGAAGAAGAUGAUCAUUUUUGGUUGAUUGGAUUUGCUCGGGGGACAAUGGAUCAUUUUAUUGAUAACGUCUUGAAAAUUGUUGAGCUCAAGUCGAAGAAUGCAACACGACAGCUUAUUGCUGACAUUGACUACCUUUGCAACAUCUUUGAGGCGGUUGAAGUCCACCCUAGCAGCGAAUUAAAGGCGAUCAAAGAAUUAUUAGCAGCUGAUCAAGAAAGUUUCCAUUCAGUGGCUGCUGAAAUAUCCGCGGAUGCGAACAUUGUGAGUGAAAUUGCAAAAAUGAGGAACAUUUGAAUUGCAAAAAUAGAUAUUAUUAAAUUUGAUGACCAGGCACUUUGAGGUAAAUGAACCUUAGCUAGUUUAAACUCAGAUUUUAUUUAUCAAUAAUUUUAAUAAUAAUUCACUCUAGUGUAGGUAAUAGGUAUGUCAUUAUUGUUAUGUCUUUGUCAAUUA